UGGGCGGAGCGGGCGGCGUGGGGACGGUUUCCAGCCUGCCUUUGCUUAGACUUCCCCUAGCCAGAUGCCCCUCGAGGUUUCCUAGACUUUGACGCGUUUUGACGAAUCGGCUAUUACAGAAGUGAUGAGUGCCUGUUUAGAGACUGGUGGUUGAAGAGUUUCAGAGAAAACCGACCUUAUAUAAAGCAAAGAAUCAAGUGUUGAAUGUGGAGCAUAAUUCCAAUGUUUCAGGGUCCUUUUCCCGCCUCCUUCUUAUUCUGGGCCCUGGGCUUGCCUUCUCCCAGAUUUCCUUUGUUGCAUUUAUAACUGCUACAGAGAUGCCACACCUUCAUCGACAAGAAGAUGAGAAGUUCUUCUUAAAUACCAGAGGCCAGAGGGAAGCCUUACCCAGCAUACGGGACUCGCCUACCAAGCAGCUUUCUGUGGUCGUGCCUUCAUACAAUGAAGAAAAACGGUUGCCUGUAAUGAUGGAUGAAGCUCUGGGCUAUCUAGAAGAGAGACAGAAACAAGAUCCUACGUUCACUUAUGAAGUAAUAGUAGUUGAUGAUGGCAGCAAAGACGAGACUUCAAAGGUAGCUUUUAAAUAUUGCCAGAAAUAUGGAAGUGACAAAGUACGAGUGAUAACGCUGGUGAAGAAUCGUGGGAAAGGCGGAGCUAUUAGGAUGGGUGUAUUCAGUUCUCGAGGAAGAAAGAUCCUUAUGGCAGAUGCUGACGGAGCCACAGAGUUUCCGGAUAUUGAGAAAUUAGAAAAAGGACUGAAUGAGCUGCAGCCUUGGCCUGAUCAAAUGGCUAUUGCAUGUGGAUCUCGAGCUCAUUUGGAAAAAGAAUCAGUUGCUCAGCGUUCUUACUUCCGUACUCUUCUCAUGUAUGGGUUCCACUUUCUGGUGUGGUUCCUUUGUGUCAAAGGAAUCAGGGACACACAGUGUGGGUUCAAAUUAUUAACUCGAGAAGCAGCAUCACGGACGUUUUCAUCUCUCCACAUUGAACGAUGGGCAUUUGAUGUAGAACUGCUUUACAUAGCACAGUUCUUUAAAAUCCCAAUAGCAGAAAUUGCUGUCAACUGGACUGAAAUUGAAGGUUCUAAAUUAGUUCCAUUUUGGAGCUGGCUACAGAUGGGCAAGGACCUACUUUUUAUACGACUUCGCUAUUUGACUGGUGCCUGGAGGCUUGAACAAACCAGGAAAGUGAAUUAGGUUAUUUGCCGUCUUUGGUUGUAUUCGUAUCCAUCAGUGUCACAUUAUUUCAUUUGAAAUUAAAAUUUUAAAUAAAGCUGGAAUAAACCUAUUCCAUUGUCUGCCUUUUGAUAAUUUUAAAGAAUUUACUGCCAGCAGUAAAAAUCUUUAUACCUCUUUUGGACACAAAAAUUUUUAAGGUGUUUGUAACAAAAGUCAGAUUUUCUUUUGCUUUAGCAAUUUUACUCAUUUAGAUUAAUUAUCAUUAUGAUUCUGAGAAAUACAAUUUUUAAACAGAAGACAGAAGCGAUUAUUCUUACUCUAAAGUGCCUUAUUCUCAUGAACUUACAUAUAAACCACAAUCAUAUAAGUGUUCAGGGAUUUAAAAAUAAAUGUUUAAAUAUAUAUAAACUUAUCAAUAUUAAACCCAUAAUUCAUUCUAUAAAAGUCUAGGAAAUUAUGUUAAAGAAAGGAUAUAGGCUUGCUCACAAAGGUAUCCACUUUCUCAUACAGUCUUAUUUAUCUCCUUCCAAAUUUUUCUUACCUCCUGGCAACCCUUCCCUCUUGAGUUCAAUGUUAAUAAAAAUUGGAAAUUCUUUAUUAAAAAGAGAAAGUUUUGCGAUAUUAAUAAAUGUAUUAAUAACAUCAGAAGCCUGUGUUUUUGAGAAACUAAAGACUAAAAAAUAGUUAUAAAACAAUGAACUCCUAAAAAUAAGAAUUAUUGUUUCUGAUGUUUUAGAGAAAAUAAUAAUACCUAACAUUUACUGAGUGUUGACUGUCUGCCCACCACCGUUCUAAGCACUUAGUAUAUAAUGACUCACCUAACUUUUACAAUAGGAGAGGAAACUUAAGGCACAAAGCAGUCACUUGCCCAAGGUCACAGAGGUAGGAAACAGUAGAGUUGUGACCCUAGCCCACAGAG